AUGCUACCGAUCAACGUCCUGACUGAAGGGGUUCUCCGCUGUCGUUUUCAUCAGGCCACGUUGGAGAUAUUGCAGGUGGGGAGAUACAGGUACGAAACAAGAGAGUGCUUCAUUGUAGGUGCUCGAUUGGAAGUUUCUUUCUCAGUAUCUGCGUUAUUCAACUCUUCCUCUGAACUUUAUUCAAUAGUCACUGGUUUGCUGCGUACAAUUCUCAGUAAACAAUUAUUGGCUUCUACACCCCUUGUUAUGAGGUUAGAGGAGCUUGUUGUCUUCAAAGCAAUCAUGACCGGUCAGUGUCAGGAUCACGGGUACCUAUGGACGGGUUCCUCAAGAGUUGUACGCAGAAGUCGUACUCCGCCUAUACGGUGGCCCGAUGGUUCUUCCGAUUCUCGAAUUUCAAAUCGCCACAAUCAAAUUUGCGUUUUACCCCGCGGGCCUAAACUAGGUUGGAGAUUAUCGACAGGCAAAAGCGGGACCAGAGAUUAUCAAGAAGAAGCGAGACAAGAGAUCAUUGAGAGGAAGCGGGACAAAUUGAGAGGACGCGGGACUAAGAUUACUGAAGGGAAGCGGGACUAA